AGAGGAAGACAUUCCUCGACGCAAUCGGACGAGAUACUGUCCAUAAACAACGUGUGGCAGGACACAGUGCGCCGUGUGUGCGAGGCGGCAGAGACUACAGUCCCGUGGCAGCGCCACACAGCGGAUAACCAGGGAAGAUGGCAGCCGUCGUCAGAUCCAGAAUAUAUUUUUCCUCUGUUGUGCGCUUCUCCGACCGUGAAUCUUUUGUCUGAACUCAUCAGCACGCAGAUAAUAAUGGCUGACACCACAAACUCUGCUGGGGCUGAUGAUGACAUUGCUCUUGGUGACUUAACCGAGCAAGAAUCUAAUGCCAGGAAUCGCCAGGACCCUGAAUCUGUACUGGCGUCCUUUCGUGAGGAAUGGCAACGUGAACUGGAAGGUGCUCAGGUCCAGAAAGGCCUUUGCAAUGUGUCUAUGCAAUCAUCUCCUUCGAAGGAGGCCACUCAAGGUUCCUCAAGCCAUAAUAAAGGAGGUCUGAAAGCUGUGCAGAGUGCUCUUAAGGACAAUGGUAGUGAUAGUGGUGGUGGCAUCAUUAAUGAAGGUGGUGAGGGAAGUAGUGAAGGCUAUGGUGUUCCUAAUGUUGAGAGCAGUACUCCAAUGGAGGAAGUUACAUCAGACGUUGAAGCAAAGGCUACAGAGCUCUUCAAAAAGGCUGUUGAGUUGGAGCAAAGUGGACGACUCUAUGAAGCUAUCCAGUUCUACCGGCGAGCUAUGACACUGGUGCCAGACAUAGAAUUCAGGGUCCAUCAUCAGAACAUGCUUGAAUGGAGUGAAAACUACCAGACACAAGGGGAGGGUGAGGAUACAACUUCAGAAGAUGAAUUGGACCAAGAGGAGAUUCAAGACCUUGUAUUUAGAUUCCAGGCAUUGGCAUCUUCCUCUCAAGCUGUAUGCAUUCCCCAGUUUGACCAGGAGGCACCACAUAUUUCUUGUCUGCCUCCUGAGAUGCUGGAGCGCAUUAUGCACUGGGUAGUUGGAAGUGAUCUGGAUAUGAGGUCACUAGAACAGGUGUCUCGGGUGUGUCAAGGCUUCUAUCUGGUUGCAAGGAAUCCUGAACUGUGGCACAAAGCUUGUCUCAGAAUUUGGGGUCUGAGUUGUGGAGUUCCUGGAGCUUAUGGAUCUUGGCGGAACAUGUUCAUCCAACGGCCACACCCACGAUAUAAUGGGUGCUAUAUCUCCCGCACCACCUACUUCAGAUCUGGAGAGAGUAGCUUCCAAGACCAGAACUACCAACCAUGGCAUCUGGUUCAGUAUUACCGUUAUCUAAGGUUUUUUCCUGAUGGUAUAGUCAGUAUGUUGACAACUGCUGACGAGCCUCAUGCGGUGGUGUCUCAGCUACGCACCCGGGAUGUACGGAAUCCUCAGGUGCUGCAGGGACAUUACUGUAUCCUGGGCUCUAGUUUAUCUUUGGUAUUGAAGAGACGGUCUCGGGAAAGGCAGAUGAACAGGAGGAAGGGCCGUAGAUACAGAGGGGGAACUACUGAUGUAGCAGAAACCAUCUUUCAGAUUGAAUAUGAAAUUCGACCUGUCAAGGAACACCUGCACUGGCAGUUGGUGUGGCGAACAUACACGAUUAUCUCAAUCUACUUUGAUGACAAGCAGAACAUCUCACAGAUUGAUGUUAGUGAUGCUAGCAAGUUUCCACCUUUGCUUUUCUCCAGAGUGAAGAGCUAUUCCAUGACAUGUGACAGCCCUCUUACAUAAUCAUCUGACUGGAGAAUUUUUCUUUUAAACUUAGAGGGGUAUCACACUGGCCUAUGAUAUGCAGAAUUAGGAACAUCUGCUUGAGAUAGCUGGAGCUUUCCCAAGAUUAGCAGAGCAAAGUUGAGAUGGCUUGAUAUCUAUUCCAGUUCUCUGUAUGCUAUCACAGGCAGUAAAAUAUAAACAUAAAAUAUGUAAGAAAAAACUAUUAUUUAAACUAAAAAGAACAUGCAUAAAUGUUUCAUAUUGGAAUAUUGAAGAUUUCAUCAAUCUAUAAAGAUCAAAUUAUACAUUAUACUAUAUUAGGCUUGGUGUUAGUUGCUGGGCCAUUCACCUAGCACAGCAAGAACACAGGCAGCUUGUGUAUGAUGCCAUUCAAGGUUUUCGCACCAAGAACCAUGGCCCGUAUUCUGUGUAUCAUAGGCCAGUGUGAUACUCCCUUUACAGGAACUACAUUCAACAUUAGUACUAUGCAUCUUUUACUUAUUUUGUAUUGAUUUAACAUUGGUACUGCCUGUUGUUUACCAUUCUUAUGUUCUGUUCAGAAGGUAUGAUUACCCUUUAUGUAAUGCACAAGAGAAUUUCAGUAGCAGAAUGCCUGUAGAAUUCAGUUACAGCCACUCAUUGUCUUUGUUUGUGGACAAACUUAGUAAAGGAAUGUUGCCUCAUCCUGCUUGACAGUAAUAUUAGUCUGAUGUGUACAUCAAAGUAUGAAAAUGAUUCUAGUGAUCCAUGAACAUCACUUUUUAAAUGAUUCACAAUAUUAUAUUUAAAAUUUUCUAAAGUUAAUUAUGAUUUCCUCCAAUGUGUGUUUAUAGAGAGAGAGGGAUGCACGCACACACACACACACCAAAGUAGAUGGGCAAGCCUCUCAAUACAACCAUUGUUUACCUGGCAAUAAUGGAUACCAGAUGAAAGCCAAAGAGCAGUGACCCUGCUAUGCUGGUGAGAAAGUGUGAGUGGUUUCUGUCCUGCCCAAAGAUUCGUCUCUGAGCUAUGAGCUCUUUCCACAAGGGAAUAGAUGGCUGGGUAAGAAGCAGACAACCAUAGAUAAAUAAUGCUUACACACUCAGUAUAGUGUAGUGGUUAGCACACUUGGCUCACAAAUGAUAAGAAAACCUGGAAAUCUAGUCCCUGGAGUCUGGUUAAAUUUUCCUAAGGCAUUUAUUUAAUUAUUAUAAUUUUUUUGUAAUACAGUGUCAAUCAGAUAUGUAUGGAAGACAGGAAUAUGGUCCAAUAAAUUUACUUCCUUAUUGAUAAAAAAAAAAAAAAAAAAAAAAAAAUGGGGGCGGGUGGAUAAUAAUAUUAAGUUAUUGGAUGAUGACAGAAAUUAUGUUGUGGACAGUGGUGUUAAGAAUCCGUGUAGUCUAAAAUCACCCUAGGUAUUUUUUUUUAAAGUGGACACCACUACAUGAAAUUAAAUUCUAAUAUGCUGUAUCAAUAAAGGUAAAGUGAAAGUAACCAUCUUUCAAAAUUAAUCUACUUUGCAAAAUGUUUGAAAAAUAUAUAAAUUAUGUAUAAAUCUAUGUAUGUGAACAAUUUUAACUUUUUAUUUAAUUUGCACUAUACAAUGUCUUGCCAAAUAAAUCCUCUGUUUUGGCUUCCUUGAGUGCUGGUUAUGAAAAGAGGGAGAAAGAAAAGGCAGACUGGCAGCAGUGGAUGGAGAUUGUGAUAUGCUAAUUAACCCACUCACUCUCAGCCCUGUAUCUAAUUUACCACAUCUAUGCAAUCUGUCAUGUAUCCUGUAAUUAUAAUUUAUUGCAACAAUGAGGUAAUGGAUGUUGAUAAUACCCCAUUAGCUCAGCCUCAUUUUAUAUUAAUUUUCCAAUAAUGACCAUAUCAUGAAUAUGGUGGAACAGUAAGAUGGACUCUAGUAUGCAAUAACACUGAUACCCUUUUGAAGGGGAAAUCAUUUAUGCAAUUAGCAUUUUGGUUUUGGUCAUGGUUUUACAUUCAAUGUUUGCAUGUUCACUUAAGAGACUAGAUAUCUGGUCUCUUAUGUCUUUACAAUCUUAAAACUGAAAGGCCAGCAGUCCUACCCUUGAGUGUUUGUGUGUGCGUGUGCACGCAGACUUAUGUGCUGAGUUACAACCCAACCACAUGAAGGAGGACAGCUAGAUGGGCACUGCCCGUAACCAGGCUAAGAAAGCAGGCACAAAUGUACUGUUGACCAAACAUUGUACGUCUGGCUCAGUCAGACCCAGACAAUAGCCAGAGAGAGUUGUUUCUUGAGUAUGGGCAAUGUCUGGUGAUUUCACACAACUAUUAAAACAGGCACUUUGCCUGUGUGUUAGAAGGCACGAGCAGUAAGCCAGUCAAUGGACAACUGCCCACUUGUGGUUGUGGGCACAACCUGGAUCUUCUGUAUGCAGCUUUAGUCGAUACAUAACACUUCAUACAAGAUACGUACAAACAUAUAGCUUCAACAUACUAUGAGUGCAAAAGCCAUGGAUUUUAGUAUAUAAUGCAGUUAAAUAUUUUAGUAUUUUUUUCAACUUUGCUUGGGAAUAUAUUUAACAGAAUCAAAUACUGGAGAUUUAACUGAUUUCAUCAAUGUCUGCAAUAAAAUAUAAGUUAAGAAGCAACUAAGCAUGAUGAAGAUGAAAAGUAAACCUAGACAAAUUA